AUUAGCGCUAACUUGUUUAUUUAGGGUGUCGCUCUUGGACUCGGACCGAGCAUCCUGAGGAUUUUAUGACAUUUUUAAAUAAUCGCAGGGAUGAAGAUGGAACAAUGAGAAGGUGAAGGUUACAGUUCAGUGGCAGAGCUGUUAUCCUGCAUGUCGGCGCUACUGGACGAGGAUGAGAGACCUUCAGGGCAUUGACAGUCUGCUCUUGAAUGAGCUGAAGUCAUGCUGUGCAAAGGAGUACAACUUUCUCCCCAGGGAAGCAGGCCUCAACCUGAUAGAGUCUACAUCCCCGGAGAUUCACAGCGGAGUGUCUGCAAAGUGCAGAGACGGCAAAGUGGAAGAACUGCGGAGCCUGACCAGUUUCUUUGGCUACAGGACUCAAACCUUUGUGCAAGCUGUCAAUUUGCUUGAUAGAUUUCUCACCAUCAUGAAGGUGCAGCCCAAACACGUGCCCUGCAUCGGGGUGUGCUGUCUUCACAUCGCUGCCAAAAUGGUCGAGGAGGAGAGCAACGUCUCACCCACCCAUGAACUCAUCCGCAUCAGCCAAAGCAGGUUCACCGUGUCCGACCUCAACCGCAUGGAGAAAAUCAUCUCGGAGAAACUCAGCGUGGAUCCCGACAUGGUGACGGCUCUGACCUUCCUGCACCUCUACCACUCCGCCAUUGGCUCCCUGUUUGGUGAAAGGGAGGAGAUCCCAAGCAUUGGAAGGCUGGAAGCACAGCUAAAAGCCUGCUUAUGCCGUCUUGUUUUCUCUAAAGCCAAACCAUCAGUGCUGGCACUGUCCCUCAUCGCUCAGGAGUUUGAAGUCCUCCAGUCAGCCACGUUGCUGAAGAUCAUCCAGCAAUUCCAAAAGCAUCUAAAGAUCGGUGACAGCGAGCUGCUUCACUGGAAGGAACUCGUGACCAAAUGCAUGAUGGAAUAUCGCUCGAGUGAAUGCAACAAACCAGACAACAAGAAGCUUGUUUGGAUCGUUUCACGGAGAACGGCACAGAGUCUGCAGACCUAUCACUUCAGCGUUCCCGGUCUGCCGACUAUUCCUGAGAUGAGCUGGGAUGAGAGCGAGAGCGAGGAUUCCUGUGAGGACCUGAGCAGCGUGGACAGCAGUCCCUGCGGCUCUUUAGGAAGCGAUGGUGAAGGCGCCUUCUUCCCCUCCUUGUUCCACCACUGACCAAACAGCUGACCAAUGUGAAGCAGAAAUCUGCAAAGUCUAUCAGUUUUAUAUGAUUCCAGAGCAGACAUGUGUGUUGAUGUGCAUGUUUUGGAUCUUAAAGGUGAAGCUGUGUUACUGGUGUCACUGCUGCUAGACCCUGCCCCUCAAUGCAUCUAAGCCUGCAGCUUCUACUAUAAUAUUACAACAAAACAAAAACUGAUUUAUUACUUCUUUUUUUUUUUUUGCCCCAAAGUCAAGACAACUUUGUGUGCUGCAGGCAAAUAAACCCCAACUACACCAGAAAAUCCAGGUAUUUAAAUGGCAAUAAAAUUAUUCUAACAAAGAAAUUACUUCAGUUUGUGAGUAUAGAACACAGGUGUCAAACUUGAGGCCUGUGGGCUAAAAACGACCCACCGUAGCUGUUUAUGAGGCCCUCUAAACUCUAAACGGCCACAUAAAUAAUUGUGAACUUUAACAGUUGUGUGCUUAAGUAAUAUUUAUAUUUUAGUUGUCAAAUCAAAUCAUUUUUCAUUUGUAUAGAACCAAAUUCUGUGAAAAGAUGCUAAAAAUUGUUAUAUUUAAGAAAUGUUAACAGUUUUUUAACAGGCAGUUUAAUCAAUUCAUUCUGCCAUAACCUACUCUUUGAGGACUUUCAUGAUCCAAGCCAAAAUGAAAAUGAGUUUCACACCCUGGUGAAGCGGCUGGAGUAGCUCACACCCUGCCAAGCCUCUUUUUCUUCUGCAAUUAAAAUGCAAUUAUCUGAUUUUAUUUCAUUUUUUUCAACAGAAAGCAGGUAAUGUGGUCUCCUGCAUAGAAGUAGAAGCAAACAUGUUCCGGAGACAACUGACUUAUAAGAUAUAUUUUAUUAUCUAGUUCUUGGGUGCCCAUCCUUUUCUGUUGCUGCCCUGGGCAACCGCCCAUAUCAAAACCCACCACUGUUAGCAUGCAUGUUAGCCCUACCUUUCAGCUUGAACACAUAAAAAAUAGGGAUAGAGUUACAGAGCACCUGGAGAUUCAGUCAGUCUGUGUGUGUGUGUGCGCGUGUGUGUGUGAGAGUGAGUGUGUGUGUGUGCAAAAUGUCAGAUUGUUCAUGAUAAAGUGCCUGUGUUACAUCUGCUUGUUGUCUGCUUCUGUGAUAAAUAUGUGACAUAUCUUAAAAAUAGUCUAGAAAAUUGUAAUACACUUGGCAGCUUGAUAAUAACAGAACUUUAAAGUCUUCUUCCAAUUUGCUUCUCUUGGUGUUUUUGCCCAGCUGUGACAAAUUUAAGGAGAAACAGCGAAGCACAAAGGACCCAAGGAUGCCUGUUACAUUGCACAUUCAGUGUUGAAUACCAGCCAACAUCCUCGCUAGCUGGUUUUUAUACUCUGUACCAUUUAAUGGCAUGCAGUGUUCUGUAUAAACACACAUAUGUUUUGCUUACAUUAUUCUCAUGUGUCAUUGUAAUGUUAAUAUGACUAACCUGUAAAUGCAUGAUGCUUUCAAUUGUGAAUAUGCUUGUUGUUCAUGCUAACCAAGAUAAGCUCACAUCUAAGACAAAAUGUUAAAAAAAAAUGUAAAUAACAUGAGAAAGAGAUUAUAAAAAGUUGUUUUGUGAUGUCACAUACCAGCUACUGUAUGUACUGUAUAUUGUAUGUGGAAUAAAGAGAAUACAAAUAACCCUUAUAAAUAAAACCAUAUAUUUUUACCUA